AGCUCAACUGCACUAAAGAUCAGGCUUCAGCCACCACAGUUGCCUGGCCUACGAGAGAGCGGCUGAGACAACCUCAAAGUCUGGAGGAAAAUGGCUUCUUGUGGAAUAUAAAAUCUACCUCCUGGUACAUGGUUUUCUCUUCCUAACGCCUGAUAACUGAGCACACAGAUCUUCAGAAAGUCAACUGAUCAAAUCCCUCAUCAUGCAUCAACUGUUCAGACUUGUCUUGGGACAAAAAGAUCUCUCCCGAGCUGGGGACCUCUUCUCCUUGGAUGACUCUGAGAUCGAAGACAGCCUGACAGAAGCUUUGGAGCAGAUUAAGAUAAUUAGCUCAUCUCCAGAUUACCAAACCAGUAACAAUGACCAGGCUGUGGUUGAAGUCUGUAUCACAAGAAUAACAACAGCCAUCAGAGAGACAGAGUCCAUUGAGAAGCACGCCAAGGCCCUGGUGGGGCUCUGGGACGCCUGCCUGGAACACAGCCUGAGACCCUACGGGAAAGACGAAGACACACCUCAUGCCAAAAUCGCAUCGGACAUCAUGAGCUGCAUUCUGCAGAAUUACAACCGGCCCCCCGUCAUGGCCGUGGCCAUUCCGGUAGCCGUGAAAUUCCUGCAUGGCAGCAGCAAGGACAUGCGCAGGAAUUUGUCCAACUACCUGUCACUGGCGGCCACCACCAGGGCGGAGUUGCUGGCAGGCCACACGGAGGCAGUGCUGUCGAGCGUCCUGCAAGGAAAUGUCAUGUUACUGAGGGUGCUACCUGCUGUGUAUGAAAAGCAGCCUCAACCAAUUAACAGACGCCUGAGUGAACUCCUGGCCUUGAUGUCUCAGCUGGAGCCCCCAGAACAAUACCAUCUACUGAAGCUUUUGCAUGUAGCAGCAAAGAGAAAACACGUGGAGGUGGUACAGAAUGGUGUUCCUUUCCUCAUCAAGCAUUUGAAGGAUGCAGCCCACAAUGAUGCCAUUCUGAACAUUCUUAUAGAGAUAGCCAGUUAUGAGCCGCUGGCUUUGACCAGUUUCCUUCCAAUGCUGAAAGAGACCAGUGAGAAAUUCCCCUACCUCAUCGGACAAACGGCCAGGAUCUACGGAGCUGUUGGGCGUGUGGAUGAAGAGCGAGCACGGAGCUGCCUGCCGCCCCUGGUGAGCCAGCUGGCCAGCGCUGAGCACUCAUCCCACCACCUCCUCCUGCUGGAGAUCAAAAGCAUCACCGAUGCCUUCUCCUCCAUCCUCGGCCCCCACAGCAGAGACAUCUUUCGCAUGAGCAACAGCUUCGCCACCAUCGCCAGGCUCCUUUCGCGACAACUGGGAGCUGCCAAGGCGGAAGGCAGCAGGAUAAAAACCAGCUCUGAUGUUGCAUUUCCUGAGAAACUGGGAGAAGCCAAACUCACAGCAGCUGGAAAUAAAGACGAUGAAAAGCUGCAGGUGAAAAUCCAGGCCUUUGAAAACAAAAUGAAUGCCUCCAUCAAUAGCUCCGGCUCUAUCAGGCGAUACAGUUUGGGCCAUGUUUGCAAGGAAGAAAGAAAAAGCAUGAGAUUCAACAGGUCCAGAAGUUUGGCUCUGCACACCCUGCUCUCGAAGGGCAUGAGCUCCGAUGACGGGGAGGAGGAGGAAAGGACUGAGCCGCCCACCAGCCUCUCCCUGUCAGAGAUAAACCCAUGGGGCCACAGGAGUGACAUGCUGGCCCUGAAGACUGACACCCACCAGCCACCACUCAGAAACCCCUCGGCUUCACACCCAACCAUUGCACAGAUAGAAUCAGAGAAUCUGACAGAAACAGUGCAAGGGAAGUCUCAGGAAGCAACUCCAGGGGCCACCACGAGUCCUGCAGAAUAUCAAGAUAAGCUCUACCUGCAUCUGAAGGAAAACCUUAGUGCCGUGAAGGCCUAUGCCCUGGAAAUCGCCAGGAAGGUCCCCAUUCCCGAUCAGUGCACCAUUGAAGACACGGUGAGAAGCUGUGUGGCCAAGCUGUUCUUCACCUGCGCCCUCAAGGGCCAUUACUGUCUGUACAGUAAGUCCAGCUUCACCCUCGUCAGCCCCAAGCCCGAGCCAUGGAUCAAGAUCAUGUUUCUCUUCCAGCAGAGCCUGUUUCCUGAGCCCUUGUCCAUACAGAGUCAUUCUGUGCAGUUACUCCGAGCCCUGUGGGAGAAGACACAGGCAGGGGGCACCCACAGCUUCGAAACCGCCAUGACGCAGUCCACGUUCCCACAGCAAAAGGCUCUGGACCAGGUUCAGCUCCAUCUGGAAGAAGUGCGGUUCUUUGACGUGUUUGGCUUCAGUGAAGCAGCUGGAGCGUGGCAGUGCUUUAUGUGCAACAACCCUGAAAAAGCAAGUGUUGUAAAUCAAGAAGGUCAGCCCCUCAUGGAAGGAAAGCUUAAGGAAAAGCAGGUCAGAUGGAAGUUCAUCAGAAGGUGGAAAACGCGCUACUUUACACUGGCUGGGAACCAACUUCUGUUUCAAAAAGGGAAAUCUAGAGACGAUGCUGAUGAUGCCCCAAUAGAGCUCAGCAAAGUGCAGAGCGUGAAAGCCGUGGCAAAGACACGCAGGGACCGCGCUCUCCCUCGGGCCUUCGAGAUCUUCACCGACACCAAAACCUACGUGUUCAAGGCCAAGGACGAGAAGAACGCAGAGGAGUGGCUGCAGUGCAUCAACGUGGCGGUGGCGCAGGCCAGGGAGAGGGAUAGCAGAGAAGUGACCACCUACCUGUAGCCAGGAGAGGGAGAGCAAAGACGUGACCUCCCACUGUAGCCUGCCGGGGUCAGGAAGCCAGAAUGCCUGCAACUGACCACCACCGGCCCAACACAGCCAGAUUCUAGCAAAUUCCAUGCCCCCAACCGCUACGCUGGCCACAGGACAGCUCUCUGAGCCGUCUGUGGAAGAGCAGCUGGGACCAUCUCUGUAGUAUGUGGUGGCCCAGAAGGGGCGAGUUUGGGGUGAAGGAACU